ACCGGGUCCAUACUGCGUGUAUCUCGUUAGUCGUAUAAACGCGUUAUAUUAGCGACUACCGGUGUGUGUUUGUGUGUGUAUGUGCGUGUGUGUGUGUGAGUGUGUUUUUUUGCCGUCCGAUUUAUUCAUUCCUGUACACUAUUUGGAUAUUAUGAUCCUUUGCAUUGUUGGACCGUCUACUCAAAACCUGUCAGCGUCGUGAGCAUUACAGUUUUUCCGUAUCCGACCUACCGAUAUGACGUCAUUUACAAACACGGUCGUCGUGUUGUUAUUCCUAUGGACGUUCGCGCUGGAACCUUGCCGGUGCGACAACCACACCACGGACUGCUUCGUUACCGAAAGUUAUCACGAGGUGGUCACGGUCAGCGUCAACGAGCCGGUGCACAUCAUAAGGUACACGUGGUGCUUGAACAUCCCGCCGAGAUGUCCGGAUAACAGGCAGGAGUACCGGACCAUUCACAAGAACAUCACCGUGCCGAAAACGCGCAGAAAGAAAGUGUGCUGUGAGAACCAAAUCCAACUAUACGAAGAUUGCAUACCGAAGUGUACCGAAGAACAGUGUCUGAAUAUUAAAUGUGUACCGGGAACGGCCAGAUGUAAAUGCAAGUCUGGCUUUGUAGGUCAAUUAUGUCAACAAAGGUGCGACGUUGGGUACUGGGGCCCGGAGUGCAAGAAUCGUUGCGACGUGUCGUGCUCCGAAUGCGACCACCACACCGGGUGCUGUCUGACGGCGGCCGGAGACGACCACUCGGCGUUGAUAAUGUGUGUCACCGACCGUCCGACGGCCAACCGUCUGAAAACGUCCGUGGCCGGAAACGGCACGGAACGUGAAAACGGCAACGCCAUGACGCCAGGAAACGUCACGACAUCCACCGAUGAUCGAUCACUGUGGCCGGCGCGGACACCGACGACGCGGACGCCGACGACGCAGACGCCGACGAUGCAGACGCCGACGGCACAGACGCCAACGACGCAGACGCCAACGACGCAGACGCCAACGACGCAGACACCGACGACACCGACACGCACGACAGCAGUGCCGAAGAGACGUAACGACGGCAUGAUAGGCAUGUUCUACGGGAAAGUGGACGUGAUGAUAUACGACCAGCUGGUGAAGAAGCUCAUAUGGAUAUCGGCCAUGACCGUGGUGGCCAUCGCUAUGGUGUUCGUCAUCAUGUUCGUGGUGUUCAUCAACUUUUACGGCGCGAACAAACGGGCAAACGUAGCGCGGGACAGGAGGCGACCUACCUCGCUCGACUUGCACAAAAUUAACGAAAAAUGUAUUAUCACGCAAAAUCCAGGUUAUGUAUCACCAGAUAGAUAUAGCAAGACUCCAAUGCUACAUACAUCUAAUAAUGGUUAUACUACAUUUCAUCCAGAAAUAUUUUGUCCAGUUUUCUCAGCACCUCAUCACACAGGUGGAUCAUCACUAUUAUACGAUACUCCACGUCCACAACCAGUAUAUGAAAUGUUAAGUUAAAUAAUAGAUAUAUUUAAUUUAUUAAUAUUUAUUUAGAAU